AUGCCCACCAUAUUAAUAUCCGGAGCUGCCUCUGGUCUAGGACGGGCAUUCUUGGACGCUUACUCGAUUGAAAAAACCAACAAUGUCAUUGCAAUUGACAGAGAGAACAUUCACCUGUCCGCAUAUCAUCAUCGUGCAGCAACGAUAACAUCUCACAUUGUCGAUGUCACUGAUGAGAAAUCCAUCAACGAUUUUGCCGCUUCGUUGAAUGAAACACCCAUUGAUCUUUUCAUUCACAGCGUGGGUAUUCGCGGUUUGGUCCCUGCUGUGGAAAAUGCUCAACCAGAAUCUGUUGCUGCCGCCGAAACUUUGGAUGUCAUGGACUUGUCGACCCUCAUGCACACCUUCCAAGUAAACUCUGCUGCUACUUUUCUUCUUGUUCGAUCUCUUCUUCCGAACCUGAGGCAGGCAAAUGCCGCAAAGGUCAUCAUCAUGUCUUCACGAAUGGGCAGUGUUGGACACAAUACUACAGGCACAGCUUAUGCAUACCGUGCAAGCAAGGCCGCCCUCAACGCUAUCAUCAAGAGCUUCAGUAUUGAUGUGCCUGAGGUUGUAUUUGUGCUUUGCCAUCCAGGACGCGUAGAGUCUAGACUGGUCAAGUACAAGGAAGAAGGAGCUAUAAGUGCACAAGAGAGUGUUGCCGGACUGCUUCCGCUUGUUCAGCGCUGGAACCACAACGACAGCGGUCAAUUCUACGAUCGAUUCGGCGAGCCCAUUGUGUGGUAG